CUUCUCCGAGUGCCCUUUAAAAACAACCAUGGCUGCGGGAAGUGCCAUAAGAUACCUCCAGGAGGAAACCACCUGCGCUGUCUGCCUGGACUUCUUCCACGACCCUGUCAUGAUCCUCAGCUGCGGCCACAAUUUUUGCCGCCGCUGUCUCGAUUGUUGCUCGGUGGAUGCCGCCGGCGGUGGUUCCUGUCCGCAGUGCCGGGUCCCUUUCCCGCACGGCGGCUUCCGUCCCAACCGGCAGCUGGCCAACGUGGUGGCUGCCAUCCAGGAGCUGGACACGCCGGCGGCGCAGGAGCUUUGCCGGAGGCACCAACAACCCCUCACUCUUUUUAGUCACCGGGAUGGAAUCCUCGUCUGCGCUGCCUGCGCUGAGCGUCGCGCUGAGCCCGCUGUGCCCCUCGAAGAGGCCGCUCGCUGGUACAGGAAGCAGUUUGAAGGUUCCCUAAAAAACCUGCAAGAGGAGUACGAGCGAUGUGCCAGUCUCAGCGAGGCAGCAAAGGAGACAAGACAGGAGAUGCUGACUCAAGUCAGUGCUGAGAAGCAGAAGCUGCUGGUGAUGCUGGAAGAGCUCCGGCGGGUUUUGAGUGAACAGGAAUCACGUUUCCUUGCCCGGUUCCGUCGCCUGUGCUGGAGGCUGGAGGAACAGCAACGUGGUGAAGCUGCCAAGAUAACCUGGAUCCGGCAACACCGUGCUGAGCUCCAGGCCAAGUGCCAGCAACCGGAUGUUGAUCUGCUACGGGAUGCCCAAACCACCCUGAGCAGGUGCACAGAGAGGAAGGUGCAGCCGUUGCUGCCGUCGAUGCCAGAGCUGGAAGCAGAGCUUGAGGAUGUUACCCGGAAAACCAACAUGCUGGCAGAGGCAGUGACACAGUUUAAAGACGUCUUGGGCUGUUCACUGGAGGAAGACUCAGGGGGAUACCAGAGAGCAACUGUGACCCUGGAUCCAGCCACAGCUCACCCCCAAAUCCUGGUGUCAGCAGAUGGCCGGACUGCAGGCCGCCGGGAAUCACCCCCAGCUCCUCUUCCCUCAGGAAAGGAGCGUUUUGAGUCUCUCCGCUGUGUUUUGGGUCGGCAGGGCUUCGUGGGGGGCCGGCACUGCUGGGCUGUGGAGCACAGAAGAACAUGCCUAAAAAUUUUUGGAAAGCUCACUUUGAGGCUUUGCUUCUGGAUGCCUCGCAAUAAGAAUUUGCAAGUGGAAACAUUUCUGCUUAGGAUUUGCAAAGAAUUUAAGGGAAGUGGGCUAAAACCAUCUCUUGUGCCUCCUGGGAUCACUACGGUUCAUGGUUGUGCCACUGCCACAAUGUGAGCAGGGAGAGAGGCCACAAACAGGAUUUUAUCUCCCAUUGCACUGCCAACAAGUUGAAUAGAAGGGGAAAAAAUAAACAAACUUGUAUCUUGAGGCAGCAGAAAGUUGUUACUAGGGUUAAACCAUGUGAUAGAGACCUGUUAUCAGCAAGCACAGGCAGGACUGGGCAGGUCUCUGCCUCUUACAGCCUCUAUCGCUCCACCUUCGCUGCCAGACUUGCCUCCCCAUCCACAGACAUUCUUGACAUCAGACUGAGGAAGAGGAGAAACCACAAGGAAAGGCAGCAGGGAAGGCAGCUGCUUUUAUCUUCGGGGCCCUAAUUUUAAAUAACUGCCUUGACAAACCCACAGGUCACCACUAAACCCAAAUUGCAGUCCUGGUCAGUUGUAUAAUUAGUUGUUUCCCUGUUUGGUUCAUGGUGAGGUUGGUCCUGGCUGCUGUCUUCCUUAAAAUACAAGGCCCAGCAGUGUGUAAAUCAAAGUGCUUCUUUGCAGCAUCCUGCUCCGAAAGAUGAGCUUCCAACACUCCAUUUUAUCCAAUUUUCAUGUGAAUAGCUUAAUGGAUAUUUAAUUUAAAAUUACGUAAAAAAUAACGAAACAUAAACAACAAAAAAAUCUACCCUUCUGCAUAGCUCAGCAGGUCCAGAGAUGGCUCUCCAGCGUGGGAGGGGGGGAGAGGGUGGUCAGAAUCAGUCUCUUUUCACCCAAAGGCAGCUCACCAGCAUCCCAACAGCAGUUCCAAUGGCAGAUCCUUGGGCAGGGAGGGUGCAUAGCCCCCACUCCUCGAGCAGAGCCAGCAGAUGCACCUUACAGCCCUCCCACAGAGCCGCCACUGCAGCCCCUGAAACCCUCCCCAGUGACAGAGACACCUCGUAGCAGCCCACAGAAAGAGACUUUGGGGAGUAGCUGAAGGUUUUUUUUUCCCACAAAGCUGGAGGCCAGGGUGGGAGGUGGAUGUGUUUCAGGAGGUUUGGGGGUUGAGAACGAGCGUUCUUGGGGGUUUUUUUAUCCAUUGCCUUCUGCUUCUCCCCAUGCUGCCCCUCUCCCACUAACACCCUCAGGAUUCAGACUGGAGUUGGAACAGUGCACCCAAGGGAAGUGUGGCAGGCACUGAGGAGCAAACCUGAGUGAGACUGCAGGUCCUCCAUGAGAGUGGGGACAUGAAACCUCCCCUGCUCCUCACUGGGGUCCGUUUUAACUGAAAAAAGGCAGAAUUAUGGGCAUGGGUUUACAACCAUUCAGGUUAGUAAUUGGCAGGUUUUGGCAGGUGCUUAUAAAAACAGGACUCAAAAGGCGCUAAAAUGAGCAGCUCGUAAUACCUAGAGGACACCAAUUUGUGUAUAUUUUGCCCCAAAAUACAGCUCCAAUGCAAACCGGGGAGGUGUCAGGGUUUUUAUCUUCUGCUUUUGGGGAGGUUUGCUCCAUUUUGGGCCUUUUUCCCAAAGGAGCAGCCAAUGGUGAUUUUCCACCUUGAAGUGGUGCUCACAGGGAAGAAAUUCCCAACUUAGGGAUGAACUGGUUAAGAAAAGGUGGGCACUGCUGCCUCCAGGAGAAAGUGCUGUUAAACCACCAUCCCCUUUGUUUUUGAGAAAACUGUCACUUCCUAAGUGAAAAUAAGAAGUGGAGAUGUGCAGGAAACAGGUCCAAAAGUAUCCCUAAACCCUCCCAGAAUUAACCCAGAUGCUGCUUGGGGGGAGGGGCAUAAAUCUGUCCAAGUGUCACCAGUUUGCCCAGUUUCCCCCUCCACUGGCCUUUCCCCCUCUUAUUUAAUUUAUUGUAAUAAAAUGUCAUUAUUUUGUUUCAUUUUUUCCAUUUCAUAACUUCAUCUGCUCAGAAAAGAGGUUUUUCUCCCCAAAAUGAAGCAUAGCAUAAUGUUUCUCCCCCCCAGGUUCCCUCAUUGUCCAAAAUCCCCUGCAAAAAGCCACAUCUGAUAGUUUAUUUAAGCUAAAAAGAGUCUUUUUUAACAGCUGAAUAUAGGGGAUGAGACCCUAUAGUGCAUUAUAGGGCUUGGGCAGCAUGAAUGAAGCUGGUAGCUGGGCUGAGCAAAAGAAAUUUGAAUUGUGGGGUUUUAGGGUUUUUUGCCUUUUAUUCUGUAGAGUAAUUUCUCAGACAUGCUUUAGACCCGAACUUCCCCCAUGGCAGCAUGAGAUCUGGUGAAGGAGCACACCAAAUCUUCCACAUGAAAACACACCAAACCCCAGAAAACUGAAAAAAGGAGAAAUUGUGAUAGACUGAAUAAAGAAUCUUGUUAAACUUGG